AUUAUUUCCAAAAACAAAAAACUUUUCGAAUUGAAACCAACAUAAAAAUUAUUCUAAAUUUACACAUCUUUGUAUUAACAAAUGAAUGAAUAAAAGAAACCCUAAUAAAAUCCAGUACUAGGCAUGGAGUAUAGAGAUUUGCCCUAAUUUUAUCACUCUUUCAACUCUCCGGAAAUUGUAAAAACAAAUAACUGAGAAAGUAAAAUAAAAACAGGGUCGAUUUUUGAGUGUGAAUAUCUCAAUCAAAUUCAGAAUUUAUGGCAUUUGGAUGCCAACAUGCUGCUGCUGUGAAAGACAUUUCUACGAAUUUCGACCCAGAUCAAGUUAUCUCGAUUGAAAACGCGAAAACCGAAUCCUUGGGGGCUGAAAGUCAGCACAGUCUACCAAUAUCAAAUUUGAAAAUUGGGUUACCUUCCAUUGAAGCUUCUCAAGAUCACAGGCUGUGUUUUGCUGAUCUUCCUCCAGCAUUAAUCUCCGAAAUUCUCAAUUUCCUCGACUCGAAAGGGCUCGGUAUUGUGUCCUGUGUCAGUACGUCGUUGUAUAAGCUCGUCUCUGAGCACUACGCGUGGAAGGACUUGUAUCAGGAGAGGUGGGGCCAUCCUACAACUGCAGUCAAUUUCGGGCCAGGUUAUUCGAAUGAAAACUCAUGGAAGAAACUUUUUGUGGAUAGAGAGUUUCGGAGCAAGGUAUUUAUGGGGCGUUACACCAUGGACACACUGUACGGUCACAGAGAAGCUAUCAGGACUGUAUUCGUACUAGUUUCUAAAAAGCUCGUUUUCACAUCUGGAUAUGAUCAGGUUGUAAGAAUGUGGGACAUGGAAGAAGGUCUCUCAAUUGCUUCGUCUCGACCCCUCGGUUGCACUAUUCGUGCAAUUGCAGCCGAUACGAAGCUCUUAAUUGCUGGAGGUACUAAUGGGCUUAUACAUGGUUGGGAGGUAGUUGAUGGGAACCCUCACUUGUUUGACCUAAGACCGCCUCAAAAUCAAGAAACGCGUUUUCAAAAUUUCAGGCACGAGGGUCCUAUAACUUGUCUUGCAUUGGAUUUUACCAUGAUUUAUAGUGGCUCUUGGGACAUGACUGUACGUGUUUGGGGUCGUUCUUGUCUGAAAUGUUUGAAGGUUCUUGUGCAUAACGACUGGGUUUGGAGCGUGGUCCCUCAUGAUACCACAAUUUGGAGUACAGCUGGUUCGGGUGUUUACAUCUGGGAUACUAAUCACGGAACUCAGCUUGGCGUUAUCAAUAGUGCUCACUUCGGCAAUACGUAUUCUUUGGCACGAAGCCACACGGGGAAGCUUUUGUUUACCGGAGGAGAAGAUGGUUCUAUACACAUGUUUGAGGUCACUAGAAAUGUUAUUAAGUGCAAUGCACGGAGAAUCGCUAGUUGGAGUCCUCACACGGGGCCCGUUUACUCUCUUGCGUUUGAGUUCCCUUGGCUGGUUUCAGCUUCCAGUGAUGGAAAGAUUUCGCUUAUUGAUGUCAGAAAGCUGUUGAAGAAAACCGGCCGUUCUUCGAAAGAUAAUACUUUUGGGGCUAAGCACUUGAAGAAUCAAAAGAAUGUUGAACCUCCACAGAGAAUGCUGCAUGGAUUCGGGAGCAAUUUGUUCUCGGUGGGCAUUGGUGCUGAUCGGAUUGUUUGUGGAGGUGAAGAUGGUGUUGUUAGGAUUUGGAACUUCUCACAAGCUCUGGAGAAGGAGGAGAGGGCCCGGAAUUUGAAGGGUAUUAGGCUCGAAAACCGAAUGAGGCGUAACAAGAUCCAAGUAGAAAUGGGUGGUAAAGGUAGUCAAGGUGAGCAGUGUUCGGUUGCUGCAAAGAAGAACCAGAUAAACAGCAAUAGGAGCGGUUGGCAUAACAAGCGUAGAGUAAGUUGGAAGGUGAAAGCAUAGUCUUGGAUCUAUUUUCCGAGUAUUUUUAGACCCUGUCAUUUUAGUAUUAAUUGGCUAGGUAUGCAUGAAAGAAUAGCCGGAUUAGCUUUUUGAAGUUUUCAUGUUGAUGAUUACAUGAAUGCUUAACUUCUAUACAAAAAAAAUCGAUUGUUAGUUGGC